AUGGCAAUUUCACCUUUACCACCCCAGUCUCCAUCAACCGCAACGGCAGCUUCUGACACCGCAGUUAAGUUGAGAGCUGCUCAGAGCUCAGCCAAUUCCCAGGGCAAUACAUCUUCGCCAGCUAUCACGCACAGCACUGAUCGUGAACUAACUGAACAAUUAAACGACGAUGUGCGGCAUAAAUAUAUCAAAGACAAGAAGCUAGGGGAAGGAACUUAUGCUGUCGUAUACCUUGGUCAUCUUCGCGUCGACCCUUCGUCCUUCGUGGCAAUCAAGAAGAUCAAAGUUAAUGCCGAAUACAAAGAUGGGCUUUCCAUGGAUGCAAUCCGGGAAGUAAAAUAUUUACAAGAACUGUCGCAUUCAAAUAUCAUAGCACUCCAUGAUGUCUUCUCCUCCAAGGACCAAAAUCUCAACCUGGUUCUAGAAUACUUGCCACGUGGUGACCUUGAGAUGCUUAUUAAAGACGGAAAUAUUCACUACGGCGCAGCUGAUGUUAAGGCAUGGAUGGGAAUGCUUGCUAGAGGUGUCUGGUUCUGCCACGAAAAUUUUAUUCUCCAUCGAGAUAUUAAACCUAACAAUCUCCUCAUUGCUGCCGAUGGGGAGGUGAAACUAGCAGAUUUCGGCUUAGCUAGGUCAUUCGCUGACCCUUACUUGAAUAUGACACACCAAGUUAUCACACGCUGGUAUCGGCCACCUGAAUUGCUUUAUGGAGCACGACAUUACUCGGGCGCUGUAGACGUCUGGUCCAUGGGAAUGGUUUUUGCAGAGCUCCUCUUGCGAGUGCCGUUUGUCGCGGGGAAUUCUGAUCUCGACCAGAUAUCCAAGGUUUGCGAAGCAUUUGGCACGCCCACUGAAGACAACUGGCCAGGAGUCACUAGGCUGCCCAAUUAUAUACCCGCAGAUAAAAAUCACAUUGUUCCUAUACAGGGUCGUGAAUUCUUCUUCAGACAGUUCCCAACUGCCGGUCCUGUUGGCGCAGACUUGCUCAUGUCGAUGUCACCAAAAUCAAGAAAGAGUUUACCAGUCUCAUCCGACCAUGCGAGAGCGCCUUCUCCACCUCAGAUUUCUUCCAAAAUACGUGCCUCUCCUAGCCCAAGGCCAUCACUUAGUAAGACUGCACUGUCCAACUCGGCUUCCAACCUGAGCUCCUCCAGGUCAAUAUCCGCUGGUCGAACUCCAAGCAGUCCCGAUAAAUCGCUGCGCAGGACUAUUAGUAUUGCAGCAUUUCCCCAACCACCGAAGACAGGAAGCCGUCCUUCCACUGCAUCAUCAAUAUCAGGUGUUCAGAGCCUUCGCUCCUCUGGCAGUGUGAAGGUCAAAAGGAACUCCAGGUUAAGCGUGGGGACCAGCAGCAGCUAUCGAAGUUCACAGACCCCGUCCUUGCUAAAUAGCGGUGAUAGUAAAUCAAUUGUUGGUACAGAAGCCCGAGAUCCAGAGGCUUCACCAUCGCAAAGCCGGAGCUCUUCCGCUCAAGGGUCAUACUCUACAAGCGCGACCACUUUUGAGGAUGCAGAUGAUGUAACGGGUGCCUCCAGGCCUCAUUCGAAGCCUAAGGAGGCCAAAGGUAACGUUAUAGUUAGUGUCCGAGUGCGCCCUGAUGUGCACGGCACCGAGACAUCAAAAACCAACAGCGAAUGGGCAGUGGAUGCACGUCGUAGCCUUAUUACGUUUAGCGGAAAGGAAGGAGGCGAUUAUCAUUAUGACAAUGUCUUCUCUCCCAAUGAACAUAAUGCCAAAGUCUAUGAUUCCGCGGCAAAACGCCUCGUGAGAAGGGUAAUGGAAGGUUACCAUGGCACCGUCUUUGCAUACGGCAUGACUGGCACCGGUAAAACCUUCUCCAUGCAGGGAACUGCUACCUCUCCCGGGGUGAUCCCACUAGCAAUAACCGACAUAUUUUCUUUCAUCAGGGAGACUCCGCAUCGAGAAUUCCUGCUUCGCGUUAGCUAUCUUGAGAUCUACAACGAGAAGAUCCAUGACCUACUCUCAGCCUCUGCUUCUGGCGGUGGUUUGCCCCUCCAGCAGGAAGAGAUAAAGCUGCGCGAAGAUAGCAAACGAGGCGUGUAUGCGACACCACUGAAAGAAGAGAUCGUACAGAGCCCGACGCAACUUCUUCGUGUAAUUGCGAGGGGUGACCAUGCAAGAAGAACUGGCAGCACGCAGUUCAAUGCUCGCAGUUCCCGAAGUCAUGCAGUGGUCCAGAUCGUUGUUGAGAGUAGGGAACGAGUGCCCACAGGCGCCAUUCAGGACAGGCGAUCGGGCAUAGCUCCGGGAGGAGUCAGAGUAUCCACGCUUAGCUUGAUAGACUUAGCUGGAUCAGAACGUGCAGCUGACGACAAAGAACGGCGCACAGAAGGUGCUCACAUAAAUAAAAGCUUACUUACCCUGGGUACUAUCAUUUCCAGGCUUUCGGAAACUAAGGACAAAGCUGGUAACCCGACUGAUCGCGAGGGCAGGCACCUGCCGUAUCGUGACAGCAAGCUCACGAGGUUGUUACAACCAGCUUUGUUAGGGAAUUCACUGGUCAGCAUUCUUUGCACUGUUCAUCUUGGCGUAGCGGGCAAUUCGAACUCUGGUGAAACACUCAAUACUUUGAAAUUCGCUGCGCGAGCUAAAAACAAUAUUGUCAGCCACGCCAAACGGGCGGAAGAAGCGUUCGGUAGUGGUAGCAGUGAUGCAGGGAGCCGUGUGCUUCUAGAACGCUACCGAAUGGAGAUUCAGGCCCUUCGAGGCCAGCUCGAGAGCCAAACAAAAGCACAAGCCGAAAAAGAGUUGAAAUUGGAAGAGCAGCAACUAGAAAAGGAGGCACAGGCACGCCACGAAGAGCAAAUGUUGGAAAUGCAAUUGGCUCGAACCGCGCUUAAAGAGCGCAUAGAACAUCUCAAUCGGCUCAUUCUUUGCUCCAAAUCCACUGGUGUGAACAGCCAGGGAGCGAUGUCUACUCUUGGUCGACUAUCAAGAAUGUCUGCUGCCGAAUCGGUGGCUCGAUCUUUACGCUCUUCAGUCAGUCAUACAACAUUGGGUGCGUAUGGGACAUCGUCUGUCCGGCCUGCAUCAUUUCUCUCCGUCAACAGCAACGAAGCUUUACCUUUCUCGGGUAGUUCAUUUGGCAACGAUGAGGAUGAAGAUAUCGUGGGGGAAUUUGCGGACGGAAAAGCAAGCGCUCAGAGGCAAAUCGUAGCCCUUCAGGCAGAUUUGAGUGAUAAAAAUCGGUAUAUCUCGACUCUAGAGAGACGCCUACUGCAGGCUCGCCGGUCCAGCCAUUCACGAAUGUCAAUAGGCGUUAAAGCUGGGAGCGCAACUUCUGAAAAUCCAGAUAUGGUGGCCUUGCUACGUGAAAAGGAUAUGGAAAUCAACGAACUUCGACAACAAUUAGAUGAUAAAGAUAGAAUGCUCGCUGCGCUCCGUUCUGCUGCUCGGCAUCGGGACCUUGCGCAUAUCGCUACCGAUACAGACCUCAAGGAAAAGGGUGAGUAUCGAAGUGCCGAUCCUGAUGUUAGGGGUUCGCUAGCUAGUGACCAUGUGGCUAGUAUCCUUCUGCCUCACAAGGAGGACGAACUAAAUGGGACGAAAAAUAUGGAUGAUGAAAUGUCACGAAUUCUCGAUGAGAUGAUUCAAGAUCGGGUUGACAGUGGCCACUUAAUCAAGGGUUCCCACGGCAGUGUCCGUAUCGCUUCCGAGAGUCAACAGCUUUCUGACACCACGACGCCUGUUCAGGGCCUAAUCCCAGGCAGCACGAUUCAUGACAAUAUCGAUCAUGAUUUCCAGCCGGGGUAA